CAGUUGGUUGCGCACGCACCAGUCGACCGGUCAGAUCUGCGGCUUAUUCCGCCGGCGUUCGAAAUUUAUAACGGUGGAGAUCGGUCAUCGGACGCACUACACUCGAUCGGUCAGAAGCCCCGAGGGAGAUAUCUUGGAACAGCCAUGAUCUCGCAGCUGGGACGGAUUAGCAUCAUGAGUGCGGUGCUUUUGGCAUUUGCGGCCAUCGUAUUUGCCAGCAGCUCGGAGAAAACCGAACUCGAUCCCAAUGCCACCUGCAACUACACGCUGGUGAAGAAGAAGACCUUGGGGGUGGAUCCCUCGUUCUGGAAGAAGUUCUUCAAGCACCUCAUACCCUUCACGAGUUCGAGGGGCAAAAUGCAGUUCAUACUCUUCAAGCGGGACUUCGCGGACUGCGGAAGGGAACUGUUCGUGGGCGAUGUGGAAAACCUGAGGAACUCGGGCUUCGAUGCACGUCAUCAAACAAGGAUAGUCAUUCAUGGCUGGAUGAGUCAGAGCAAAGGUUCGCAUAUAAGGAAGGUUAAGAACGCAUACCUCAGCCUGACCGAUCCGGGACCCAACGGAGAGCCCGCCCCCUACGAGGACUUCAAUGUGAUCGUAUGUGACUGGAGCAAGACUUCCACGAACGUAAACUACUACGAGGUGGCCAAGACGGUGGAGGACAUGGGAGCCCUGCUGGCGGAACUGGUGCGCUAUCUGAACCAGGAGGCGAACAUGCACUACGACGACGUAUACGUCAUUGGACACUCUCUGGGAGCGCAGAUCGCCGGCAGUGCUGGCAAGCAGAUAAUGCCAUAUCGAUUCAACACCAUAUACGCUCUGGAUCCGGCGGGUCCACAGUUCCGGGAGAAGAGCGACGAGUACCGAAUCGAUGCUAGUGACGCCUCCUAUGUGGAGUCCAUUCAAACCAGCGUUAGCUUUGGCUUCGAGCAGCCCGUGGGACACGCCACCUUCUAUCCCAACUAUGGGAAGAAUCAGAAGAAAUGCUAUGUCUAUGGCUGUUCUCAUAAGAGAUCCCAUGACUACUUCAUAGAGUCGCUGACGAGUCCGGCGGGAUUUUGGGGACCGCGCUGCGAGCGUCACGAUGAUGGCACCUGGCUGCUCCUAAUGAGCGAUGGAGAGUUCCGGAUGGGCGGGGAGCCCUCAAUCCCCAAGAACGGAACUUUCUAUGUGAAAACCUACUCAAAGCCACCCUAUGCCAUGGGCCACAGGUGGCAAACGGAACCGCCUCCACGGGAAGAUGAUAUUGAGAACUCCACGGAAGAGUAGGAUAUUAGUUAAUAUGUGUACAUUUGUUGAUGAAAUAGAAGUUUGGUAUUUAUAAUUGGUUAUUUUUCUUUUAUAGAGAAUUUAUUAUAAAUAGUACACCUAUUUCUAGAAACAUUUUUUUAAGUUACUUCUUAUCUCGCAACAACGUGAGCCAAUUAAGUUUUAUGGCGAACUAUUCACAAAGAAAAACCAUCUAGCGAGUGUGUAAGUCAGCUGGGAAUAACUAUUAGUAACCUAAACUUCAAGAUAGGUAUAUAAACCUCACGAGGCACGGAAGGCUUAUCCACUCUUUCCACAAUAUUCAACCGAAAAUGUUCCGCGCUCAACGUGUUUGCUUUUACUUUAUAGCUUUCCUGGCCUUCGCAGCUGCCAGACCUAAAAUAAACUCGCAAAUUUCCCAAAAUCAAGUUGGAUUUCGAUUGUCCAAUGUUUUGACCAAAGAAAGUGUUGCUUCCAAGUCAUCAAUGUCCACAGAGGCAACCAGUGAACCAUCCACUGUGACUUCUGACGUGCCCACACUAACUUCACCAUCAUCAUCAUCAUCUGAGGAAACUAGUGAAGCACCUGAAAGUUCCAGCCAGCAACUAUCACCAUUGACUGAAAGCUCCAGCGAAAAGGUAUUUGAGGUGACCACAGUACCUUCAUCUUCGUCGGCGGAAACUAGUGAAGCAUCUGAGACUUCUAAGGCAUUCACCGAAACAACCACCACCACGGAAAGUGACGUGACAUCUGAAGAUUCCACCGAAGAUGAGUCAUCUGAAGAUUCCACCGAAGAUGAGUCAUCUGAAGAUUCCUCCGAAGAUGAGAGCUCCGAAUCAAGUGAGGAAUCAGAGGAAGGAUCGUACUACUAUGAUGAUUCGGAAUACGACUACUACGAUAGUUACUUAUAUUAUUGAUUCAUCGCGUUACCAUU